AUCUUCACUAAGCCGUUAACAGUCACACAGGCGACUAGGUUUCCCAUCACGCUGCAGAAAGAGGCUCAUUUUUCCCAGUGUAGCUCCAUCAACAAGAAAGCGAGUCCUCAAUUGGCCCUGCACCGUAGUGUGCGCAGUUACUUUUUUUUUUUCUUCUUCUUCUUCUUCUUCUUCCCCCUCCUUCCGUCUCCUCCUCCUCCUCCUCCUUCUGCUUUCUGGGGUUCUACAGGAAAUAAAAACUCAAGGUCCCGUGAGAUUUCAGACUGGCUGCAAAAGACGUGCCUACUCCUGGUAAUUGCGCUCUUUUCGGGAAAGACAGUUAAGUAGGCCCGUGCCUGAUCUGACCGGUCUAGGCUGCAUCCAGAGGGGUUCGUGGGAAUGGUAGGAAGGGUGUUCUAUUCUUAGAAACUAUCCUUUAACAGUAUUUGCACAGAGAUGGUACUGCAAAAGAUUUUUCGUGCUGUUAUUAUGGGACCCCCGGGUUCAGGGAAAGGAACCGUGUCGGGGCGCAUAAUCAAAACUUUUGGACUGAAACAUCUUUCUAGCGGGGACAUUUUGAGAGCCAACAUCAACGCUAAAACCGACCUCGGCCUGUUGCUGAAGUCCUGCAUUGAUCAGGGUCAGCUGGUACCUGAUGACGUCAUGUCUCGUCUCAUCCUGAGUGAUCUGAGAGCAAUGGACCAAAGCAGUUGGCUGCUUGAUGGUUUCCCUCGUACAGUAUCCCAGGCAGAGGCUCUGGAUGCUGUCUACAGUCUAGAUACAGUCAUCAACCUCGACGUACCCUUCCAGACCAUCCAACAGAGACUCACCUCUCGCUGGACUCACCUUCCCAGUGGCAGAGUCUACAACACAGAUUUCAACCCACCUAAAGUCCCUGGCUUUGAUAAUAUGACAGGAGAGCCUUUGGUCCAGAGGGAUGAUGACACACCACACACGGUCACACUGAGACUGAAGGCCUAUGAAACCCAGACAGAGCCCGUCUUAGAGUUCUACAGGAGUAAAGGUGUGCUAGAGACAUUCUCUGGGACAGAAACCAACAAGAUCUGGCCACACAUCGAGGCUUUCCUCCACAGAAAACUCCCCUCUGUCAAUCAGAAAGCCGCAUAAACAGCCAGAGCAGAAAGGCACAAGAAGGGUUAAAGUUUAUCAGCCAAAACCACUCGUCCAAUCAAGAUACCACUUUCUACGACAGAAGAGGAAAACCAUCUGUGUGAUAUUAUGUUCUGAAAAGACAAGCAGGCUCACAUAAUUUGUCAGGUAGCAAUAGCAAGACUACACAUAGUGUUGGGAAGUGUUUGUUGCACAGUUUCCACAGCACUGCAGUAAUUCGCUUGACAAUCUCUCAGGAUGGGUGCACGUAACCCUUCAAACAUUAGCUGCUAGAAUUCACACAACUUGUAUUUCUUCUGUAAUGUGCCUUUAUAAAGUCAGAAGACACCACUAAAUUAAAUAUCAAGGCUUUAACAGUAAAAUACUGAGGCCAUGCUGCAAUACAAAGAUGGGGAUAGCGGUUAUUGCAUAACCACUCUGGUGAAUCCAGCCAACCUUAAGCAGUGAAACUGUGUAUAAAUAUUUAACUUUUACGUUUUCUCAUUGCUGUCAUGAGUUCUGACAAGAAUGGACUCACAAAACAAAAUAUACUGAGCUAGAUAAGAGGCACUCCUUUUUGGAAUUCUUUUGAAAGCAAUAUUGUGGGCAUUUUGCUCUAGCAUAACUGACUUAUUGUGACUGUUUGUUAUGCAGAGGAUAAUGUGCCAUGUCCUACAAAUGACCGUAAAUUCACUUAUGCACUCAAGUGCCUUUUGAAAAGGUAACAUGUUGCUUAGUGAAUGUAGAUUGCAAAUACUUUUUAUGAAUGUUAACUCUGACCUGAAUAAUGUAUAAAUUGACCCCGUGUGUUACAUUGAAUAUUUUUACUCUUUUAUUUAACCAUCCUUGUGUAACAGCCUCUUUCAACCACCUCAAGUCUCAAGUGUUGCCUCUUAAGUAUGCCACACUGUUUGCAAUUAAAUCAGGCAUCCUGACAACUAAACUUGUAUUCAUGUUUAGCACUACAUGUGAUUUGACAACUGAAAACAUAAUUGAAAACUACUGUAUAUGAACAAAACAUUUUAAGGACAGUUUUUUUGAUAAAAUUAAGUCAUUCACAGUUGAUCUGCACUUCCAUUUUAAGAAUGUUUCACCAUGUUAAAAUCCAUAGAAAUGCUAAUUUGCAUUUCAAUGUAUUAUAGAUUUAUGUAGUGAAUGUUUCCUGAAUUGUACUGACACCUACAACACCCACAAUGCAACUCGACAAUCAGUAGAGUAACAAUUUUGGCCUCCUCAAUUUUGAAUGUCGCUGAAUGCCACCUUACAACUACUGCAGGUCUGCAGCAGCUGAAGACCAGACACAAUCAGCAGUGCUUUCAUAAAUGGGUUUCUUACAGCAGCAGGAGACAAAAUCAUACCCAGAUGUCUGUGAAUGAGGCAGUGUAACAUAAUUUUCUUAAAGCUUAUAGCUUAGUGACAAACUGACAUCACAUCUUGCACUCACACAUAUGGCGAUUAGCUUCAGAAACACAGAAUUUAUUAUAGGAAGUCAACACCAGAGACAUUGCCCACAUGCUUACUACUUUUAGUUUAAACCCAAGUUAUUUUGCAUAGUUGAGUUGUCACUGUAGACACUAAAAAAAAAAACAUAAAAAAAAAAAUUCAACUGGACUACAGCACAUUAUUUUAGCUUCACUGCCGACAAAACCUUUAUUUAUGUUUACAGUUCACAGUUUGAGCAGCGCUGUGCAGAGCAGAUGUAAAUAAUGACUGAAAGAUUAAAAGGUGAGAUGACAGUUUCUCUGCAGAUUCAACAAUGCAUUCCAUUUCUAAUUCCCUGAUCAGCAGUAAAAAUUAGCUCAGCAAAUUUUUAAUGCAGAUUUCUGUCAUCUUAUGGGGGCAGUUAAUCAGAAGCCUAAUGAAUCUAUCAAAGCUUCCAUGAACACGGGGGGGGCAUAACAAAACAAAAUCUCACACUUCAACCCACAAGUUCAUCUACUUGUUUAUAAAAUAAAAGUGCUCAGAAAUUCUGAAUAAAUUCUGAAUGUCUGAGGGAGCACAACAAAAAGUGAAACUAAAAAUAUAUGAAGUGCUUCAAACAUUCCAGCAAGUCUUUAAUAGUUUGUUUUGAAAAGAGAAAUAUAAAGUGCAGAACACAUUUGAAUGCAGAGAGCUCUAUUCUGCUAACAAAUAUACAGUAAAAGUCUCUGAUGAGAGCUCAGCCCUUAGUUCCUCCCCUCCACACUGCUGCUUUUAAACUGGUGGCUGUGAAGAUGUUAAACUGGUAAAGAAUAUGUAAGGUAGUUUACUCUGGUAUGUCAGUGAACCAGGAAAAAAAAAAAUACAUACACAAAAGUCCAUGUAGUCCUAAAAAUGUUAUAUGAAGUAUGAAGAUUUUGGCAUGACUUGUACCGAGGUUUGAUCCUUUGAUUAGGUAAUAAUUCAGCCAAUAUCCUUACAUUACCAGAUCCACUACACCCAGACAAUACCUGGACUUUGAAUAUUCACAUUUUAACUCAAAACAAAAAUUGCAUCCAAUAUCCUCAUACAAUUUGAUCUUGCUCCUCUCAUCGCAUGUAUUUAUGUGCCUCAAAAGCAGAGUGCUUUGUCGUGCAUUAUUAUAUUUUUUCUCUAAUAUAAUCCCGCACACACACACACAAAAAAAAACGAGAGCCAAUACAGCCAAGUGCACAACAUGUUCACUUUUGAGAAUAUAAUGUAUGUUGUGUUGCUGUAAUUUGAAAUUAACAUUGUUUUCUAGUGAUUCUGUAUUGUAAUUCCCACUAGGCAUUAUGAAUAUUAGGUCAGUUUAUAAACAUCCAUGUCUAGUCUAGAUAAAAUGUGAAUGCCAACGAUGCAUGUUAAUCUCAAA